AUGGAUUCUUAUGAUCCCAAAGAUUGGGAUAAUCUUGAUAAUAAAUCAAGAGACAUUAUGGUAUUAAAGGGACCUAUUAGAGUACUAAAUCUUAAUUUUCCUUUUGAUGAUAAUGAGGAUCCAAUGACAAACUUUAUCAAGAUCGUAAUAGCAAUUUUUGGGAUUCUUGAAAUGAUGGCCAAAUUCGAUAUUGUAAUGCAAGAUCAUGUUAGACGUAUUCAAAAUAAUGAAAUUCAUAAUCAUUACCUUGGGCCCAAAAUUCAAAAUGAGUUGAUUUCCCUUUUGGUUGAAAAUGUUAAAGAUUAUACUUCUAGUUUGGGACUUUUUAAUGUUUUACAAGAUGUCUUGAAAUCUCUUGAUCUUAAUAUGAAUGAUGUGGGAGGUCAAGGUUAUGACAACGACUCAAAUAUGAAAAACAUUGAGAAGUUCAAAGUCGAUUUCUUGAAAUUAAUCCAAGGGCCUUAUACAUGCCUUGUGCUUGUCAUAGUUCGAACCUUAUUGAUAAAAAGUAUUAAGGCUAUUAGAUUUCAAACUCCCCAAAUAAGAAAAGCUUUGUUAAAACUAUUUGAAUCUUGUGAAGAUGCAAAAUCAAAGAGUGAAGCUAGGAGUUUGGCUAAUGCACUUAAGAAAUUGGACUUUAUUCAUGGUAUGGUUAUUUGGUAUGAUAUUCUAUUUGUUGUGAAUAUGGCGAGUAAAAAAUUGCAAUCUAAGUCCAUUUGCAUUGACACUUGCAUACAACAAGUAAGAGGCAUACUAAUAUCUUUUAGAAAUUAUAGGGAAGGAGGUUUUACUACUAGUUUAGAAAUUGCUAAAAGUUUUGCACUAGAAAUGGGUGUAGAGGCAAAUCAUCUUGCUAAACGUCAUAUAGUUAGAAAAAGACAAUUUGAUGAAAUUGGUGAGGAUGAACAAAUUCAAUCUCUAGAUGAUAUAUUUAGAAUUGAGUACUUUUUUGUAGUUGUAGACAUAGAAAUCUCUUCUUUGGAAACAAGAUUUGAGCAAUUGCAAACAUUUGAAAAUAAUUUUAAAGCAGUGUUAAAUUCAAAUAGUGUUACAAAUACACUACCAAAUGCGUCAAUGUCUGCUAUUGAUAUUCUUACGUUUUUAAAGUAUGCAGAUUGCUAUCCAAAUGCUUUAAUUGCGUAUAGAAUUUUUUUAACUUUGCCUGUGAUGAUGAUACAAGGAGAUUUCUCUAGGAUUGAUGGGGUCGAUAAAGAUUGA